GCGAACCCCCCCUCCCCCCUUAGCGAUGGGUCCCACCAAUGCCAUCUCCUGCCUCUUCUGCAAGGUCAGGAUCGUGCUCUUGCUUGUGAUGGGAGUCAUGUUGCUCGGACUGGCCGCCAUUUAUUUCGUUGAUAGCUUGCACUACGGUCCUCGAUAUAAGACGUCUGUCGAGAAUCUUAUAAAGUGUCUGCCGCCCGACAAGAAAGACGAGGACAAAAACCAGGAAAGGUCUUCGUCGGUGGUGGAGAUGACCACCCAGAUGUCGGAUGUGAAGGUCUGCCCGGCGCUGUCCCCUUAUCUGAAAGGUGUCGUGCCGCUCUCCUUCGAGCCCUCGCUGAAUUUAGAGAAAGUGACGAGCAAAAACCCGGAGGUGGAAAAUGGCCGAUUCCGCCCCAAAAACUGCGAGCCGCAGCAGAAAGUGGCCAUCCUGAUCCCGCACAGAAACCGCGAGCGCCACCUCCUCUACCUGCUGGAGAACCUGCACCCAUUCCUGCAGCGGCAGCAGCUGGACUACGGAAUAUACGUCAUCCACCAGGCCGGGAACAUGAAAUUCAACCGCGCGAAGCUGCUGAACGUAGGCUAUCUCGAGGCGUUAAAGGAGGAGAAGUGGGAUUGCUUCGUAUUCCACGAUGUCGACCUCCUGCCUGAGAAUGACUUCAACCUUUACCUGUGUGACAGCGAGCCCAAGCACCUGGUGGUCGGCAGGAACGCCACCGGCUACAGGCUGCGGUAUCCGGGGUAUUUCGGAGGUGUGACCGCCAUGACUCGAGGCCAGUUUGCCAAGGUGAACGGCUACUCCAACAACUACUGGGGCUGGGGCGGAGAGGACGAUGACCUGAGGUACAGGGUCGAGCUGCAGAACAUGAAAGUGGUCCGUCCCGCGCCACAAGUAGCCAAAUACACCAUGAUAUUCCACACGAGGGACAGCGGCAACGAAGUCAACGGUCAGAGGAUGCAGCUGCUGAAUAAAGUCUCCAAAGUCUGGAAGGCAGAUGGACUGAAUUCCUGCUCGUACCGAGCGCUGUCCGUGGAACACAACCCCAUGUACAUCAACAUCACCGCGGAUAUCGGAGGUCCCCGUUAGUCGUAUUACCUCCUGAUGCCACGCGGACCAAAAAAUAAAGGGCGGGACUUAAAAACGUGCCCUCCCCCCGAGCUCGGACUCCGCUCUCUUUCCACUGAUCCAGCGUUCCUGGACCUUUCCAUGAAGGAAACUUUUUGGGAUACUAUUUGUUAUUUUUGGGUUUCUCACAGAGGUCAUCGGCCUGGACGUGUCUUCAGAGGACCAACAAAAAAAAAAUAAAAUUAAAUCACAUUUUGGUAAAUUGAGGACAAGUACAUUUUUAUCUUUACAUUUUUGGAAUCAGUUGGUGCUAAAAGCCGACUUUCCGACGAUCUUUCCCCACGAGAGAAGGAACCUCGCUUUUCUUUAACUUAUUUGUAACCACCUGACAGCUUUAAGGGAAACUAUUACCGUAUUUUUAUAUUUAUUUUCUUGAGAAGUCAAUAAAAGAGACAUUUCGUGCUGGAA